UAUCGAUUGUCUGCAUGUUUUAGAAUUCAAAAACAUAAAACUUGUGGUUAUUUCGCAGGAAAUGAUUGAGAAAAAAUUCCGCAUUCAACGAUUAUUGGAAUCGUUGGCUUCCAAAAUACUGCUCAUCGAUGGUGCAAUGGGCACAAUGAUUCAACGACAUCGAUUUGAAGAGAAAGAUUAUCGAGGAUGUCUAUUCGAUGAUCAUCCGUGUCCGUUGAAGGGCAACAAUGACAUAUUGUCGCUCACUCAGCCCGAUAUAAUAUAUUCGAUUCACAAGGAAUAUUUGGAAAGUGGUGCCGACAUAAUCGAAACCAACACCUUUAGCAGUACGUGUAUUGCACAGGCCGAUUACCAAUGUGGCCAUUUGAUUGCUGAAAUGAAUCGAAAAUCGGCUCGAAUUGCCCGUAAAGCGGUUGAAGAUUAUAUGGAUGAACAUCCAGACAAUGGCUACAAAUUUGUGGCCGGUUCAUUGGGUCCGACCAACAAGACUUUAUCGAUAUCACCUCGUGUGGAAGAUCCAUCGUUUAGAGAUGUUGUCUGGGAUGAAUUGGUGGAUGCUUAUCGAGAACAAACACGAGCAUUGCUUGAUGGCGGUGUCGACAUCAUUCUGAUCGAGACCAUCAUCGAUACGGCCAAUUCAAAAGCGGCAUUGUUUGCCGUACGAUCUGUGAUGGAAGAACGUCACGAGAAUGAUAUUCCCAUAUUUGUGUCGGCAACCAUUGUGGACAAAAGUGGUCGAACAUUGUCUGGACAGACCAGUGAAUCAUUCAUCAUAAGCACGUCGCAUGCAAAACCGAUGGCAUUCGGAUUGAACUGUGCGCUUGGUGCCGAUGAUAUGGAACCAUUCAUCAAACGAAUCAGUAACUUUGCCCGAAAUACAUUCACCAUAUGCUAUCCGAAUGCAGGUUUGCCCAAUGUUUUUGGCGAAUACGACGAGACACCGGAAACUAUGGCCCAACACAUUGCUCGAUUCGUCGAUCAAAGUCUGAUCAACAUUGUUGGCGGUUGUUGUGGCACCACUCCCGACCAUAUUCGUGCCAUUGGCCAAGUGGUCAAAAAUGUGGAACCUCGAAAAGUGGUUGGUUCAUUCAAACAAUAUUCGACCGAUGCAACAUAUCUGGCCGGAUUAGAACCGUUCAUUUUCAAUGAAUCCACUUUGUUUGUCAACAUUGGCGAACGAUGUAAUGUUGCCGGCUCGAAACGAUUUGCCCGAUUGAUUCGCCAGAAGAAAUAUUCGGAAGCACUGCAGGUGGCCAAAGAGCAGGUGGAGAACGGUGCUCAAGUGUUGGAUGUCAACAUGGACGAAGGAAUGAUUGAUGGUCCCAGAGAGAUGGCCAAUUUUUUGAAUCUGAUCAGCACUGAACCUGAAAUUUGUCGCGUGCCAGUCUGUAUCGAUUCUUCCAAAUUCGAGGUGAUUGAGGCCGGCCUUAAAUGUUGCCAAGGCAAAGGUGUUGUCAAUUCGAUCAGUCUGAAAGAAGGCGAAGCUGAUUUCAUUGCCAAAGCCAAACUGAUCAAAAGUUUUGGAUUUGCCGUUGUCGUCAUGGCGUUUGACGAAAAAGGACAGGCCACCGAAGAAGAUGAAAAAGUCAACAUUUGUGCGCGCAGUUAUCGAUUGCUGGUGGCCGAAGAAACGGUCGGCUUCAAUCCAUGCGACAUUAUUUUCGAUCCAAACAUUUUGACCAUCGGUACCGGAAUGGAGGAGCAUAAUUUGUAUGCCAUCAACUACAUCAACGCCUGUCGACGAAUCAAACAGGCAUGUCCUGGCUGUCAUAUUAGUGGUGGUGUGUCGAAUCUGUCGUUUUCGUUUCGUGGAAUGGAACGAAUUCGUGAAGCAAUGCACUCGGUAUUCCUGUUCCAUGCUAUCAAAGCCGGUAUGGACAUGGGCAUCGUCAAUGCUGGCGCAUUACCAUCGUACACGGACAUUGAUAGUGAACUAUUGGAUUUGUGUGAAGAUCUCAUCUGGAAUCGGAAAGCAGAGGCAACGGAAAAGAUUCUUGAAUAUGCUCAAACACACGCCAAUCAGAGUGGUAAAGCGGCGCAAGUGAAUGUCCAGGAUUGGCGUCUUGAGCCGGUUGAAACUCGGUUAGCGCAUUCAAUCGUGAAAGGUAUCGAUCAAUACAUUGAACAGGAUGUGGAAGAAUGUCGACAAAAUGUGGACAGAUAUAGCCGUCCAUUGCAUAUCAUUGAAGGACCAUUGAUGAAGGGAAUCAGUGUGGUUGGCGAUCUGUUUGGCGAUGGAAAAAUGUUUCUGCCUCAGGUGAUCAAAUCGGCUCGAGUGAUGAAGAAAGCUGUCGCCUAUCUUAUUCCAUUCAUGGAACAAGAGAAACUGGACAAUCCCGAUGAUUGUGACGGUGAUGACCACGUAACGACCGUUGUGAUUGCAACCGUGAAAGGUGAUGUACAUGACAUUGGCAAGAAUAUUGUUGGCGUCGUUUUGGCAUGUAACAAUUUCAAAGUGAUUGACCUGGGCGUCAUGACACCGUGUGAGAAAAUCAUCGAAGCAAUCGAAGAACACAAGGCCGACAUUGUGGGCUUGAGUGGUCUGAUUACGCCGUCGUUGGAUGAAAUGAUUUAUGUGGCUAAAGAGCUACAACGUCUCAACUAUCAGAUUCCAUUGAUCAUUGGUGGAGCGACAACAUCCAAGAAACAUACGGCAGUGAAAAUAGCGCCCAGAUACGUCGGUCCAGUCAUACAUUGUCUGGAUGCAUCUCGUAGUGUGAUUGCAUGUGCCAAACUGUUGGAUGAAAAUGGUCGGGACGAUUAUGUGGAAGAAAUCCAAGAGGAAUAUGAAGAAAUCCGAGUCGACCAUUACGAUUCAUUGUCCGAUCGAGUCUAUCUCAAGUAUGAUCAAGUGAAACGCAAUAAAUUGACGCUUAAAUUCGACAUGAUCAAACCGCCAACGUUUCUGGGCACCAAAACAUUUCUUCACUAUGAUUUGAACACGCUACGAAAAUACAUUGAUUGGAAGCCGUUUUUUGAUGUUUGGCAGCUGCGAGGAAAAUAUCCGAAUCGAAAUUAUCCAAAGAUUUUCAACGACGAAACAGUGGGAGCUGAAGCACGUAAAGUAUUUGAUGAUGCUCAGCGUAUGAUUGAUCGAUUCAUUCGAAGCAAUGAACUGAAAGCCAAUGGUAUCGUGGGACUGUAUAGAGCCAAUUCGAUUAAUGAUGACGACAUAAUUCUGUUUGAUGAGAAUGGUGUAGAACUUGACCGUCUUUAUGGCUUACGACAACAAGCGGCCAAAGAGAGCCAGGAUAAUUCAGCCUACAUGUCGUUGGCUGAUUUUGUGGCGCCACGUGAAUCCGGUCUGGCCGAUUAUGUUGGUUUGUUUGUUGUCAGUGCUGGUUUCGGUUGCGAAGAACUUUGUGCUCAAUACUUGACCAACAACGAUGUCUACAAUGACAUAAUGGUCAAGGCUGUUGCUGACCGAUUAGCCGAAGCGUUUGCCGAACAUUUGCAUGAACGUGUACGUCGUGAGUUUUGGGCGUAUGCACCGGACGAACAAUUUGAAACGAGCGAUCUUCUCAAGGUCAACUAUCGAGGCAUUCGACCGGCGCCUGGUUACCCAUCACAGCCUGAUCACACGGAAAAGGUGACCUACUGGAAAGUGAUGGACGUGGAACGACAGACCAACAUAAAGCUUACCGAGUCAUUGGCUAUUUGGCCAUCGGCAUCCACCUGUGGAAUAUAUUUCGCUCAUCCCGAAUCUAAAUAUUUUGCUGUCGGAAAGAUUGACAAGGACCAGAUUGCCGAUUACGCUAAACGGAAACAACAACCGAUGCAAGAGAUGGAAAAGUGGCUAAGCACUUGUUUAGCAUAUUCAUAGUGAUAAUAAUAUCAACUCUAUAUUUAUUCUGUUUUAACGAAUUUGUAAUCAAUUUCCAUUUUCUGAUAUAAUUAAGCUCAACAGUUAUUAUAUGAGAAAAGGUGUGUCUAGAAUGCCGGCACCUGAAA